CGCGAGUCCCAUUUGUAAUUGAUCCUUUUUCAUUCGGCUUGGUGCUUUAUUUUUCUUUUCUUUCUGCGGUUUCUGUUGCGUUUGUACAUUGCUGUGUUUAUUUCAUGCGCCACGCCUCGGUAUCUCCGUCACUCUCCGAUCCCGCAGUCUCCGUAUGAGUAUGACUCGCGAUGCAGUCGCGCAGGAUGCUUCUUUUGCCAUGGCCACGGUCUCAGAACGUCCUGUUGCGCGCCCGACACCGCCAACAGCAAGCCCAAAGGUAGUUCCAGCUCCUGUGGUAGCGCCAGCAUGGAAUACCCAGGAUUUGGGCUUGCGACUCGGCGUCGACGUUGUCAGCGCAGCUUCUGCUGGCGCGCUGACAUGUCCGCUGAUUACGAUCAUUGAUCGUGCCAUCAUCGAAAAAGCCUCCAAAGGCUUCCCUAUUCGCCAAACAAUCACAAACUGCCUCAAGUCCAUGAUUGCCAAACCAAGCGGCUUUUUCUUCAGCACACCUUUCAUCCUCAUAUACACACUAUACACCUCAACAUAUCUCACCGCAAAUGCAAUCGACACCGUCACCUCCACCCUCCGCAACCAGUCCUACUCAACCGUGACUCCCGGCCCGGCUAAGUUUAUCUCCACGACAGCCGUCAACAUGGCCAUCUGUGUAUACAAGGACGCGCGCUUCGCAAAGAUCUUCGGCGCCUCACCUCCCCCGACACAAGCCUCGACACAAUUACAAGCAUCCUCUACCCCUUCAAUUCCACGCACAUCACUCCGCCCGCCAACGCUAUCGCAACCCGUCGCCGCACCUACCAUUCCCAAAGUCUCAUAUGGACUCUUCUGUCUUCGCGAUAGCGUCACUAUUUUCGCCUCGUUUAAUGUUCCCGCUCUGAUCGCACCUUCAAUACCGGACUUUGUCGCGUCUACGCCUGGUAUGAAGGCUGCUACGGCGCAAUUCGCUUGUCCGGCUCUUAUGCAAUUCUUCAGUACGCCGAUGCACCUGCUCGGUUUGGACUUGUAUAACAGACAGCCGCCAGGUGGUAUGCGUUGGACCGAGCGAGUGACGCGUAUCCGGAGAGACUACGUCUCCAGCAGUUUUGCUCGUAUGGGCAAGAUUGUGCCUGCUUAUGGUGUUGGUGGUGUUGUCAAUGUCCGGAUGAGAGCUACUCUCAUGGAGCGGCUUGAGAAGAAGAUCGACUGAUGGCAUGUCAUGGCAUUCGGUGACGCAAUACGAGACAUCCGACUGAGCUCAGCCCCAUGCGGUUGUCGGGGAUUCAUGACCUGAUGACUACAUGGUUUCUCGUUGUACUUUUCUUUCUUUCCUGGGAUUGUCAUCACCCUCUCCUCUCCACUCUAGACUUAUCAUUGGGACUUGGGCUCGGGAUUCUUCUUUUUCUUGAGAUUUGAGAUAUUUGGAGUUGGGCCUGGUCAUAAUAUUUUGCUUGGGGACAUCUUCUGCAUUACUUUUUUUUCAUCAUCUGGCCGUGGCGUUUACCGGGAUCUUUUUUCUCAUUCCGUUUCUGUGUUACAACUUUAGACUGUGUCAUACAUUUCGGGUCUGGUAUAUUGACUGGGGUCUUAGAUGGUUUGGUUUCCUCUCUCGGAUGUUAAUAAAGAGCGAUAUCGAUAUUGAUAAUCUAGUUGUUUCAUUAGGUUAUCUGUGUCGACUCUAGUUAUUGCAAGUUUAAUGCCGCAUCAAGCUUGCUUGAUCACGCAAUAGGUACUCGGUACUGAGCCGCUUUCUACACGAAUCAAUUAUUCAGCCAAGCAGGCAGAGAUGAAAUUUACUUUUAGCAGCUCAAUUUGAGACUUUGAUCUAAUUAGGUAGC